AUGGCCGAUACGGAGAUCCUUCCAUUUGAAAAUAGUCAGAUUGAUGCACGUUUCCCGGAAUCACCUAUCCCAUUACGCGGUGAUCGUCACUAUGGCUUCGAUGGUGCUAGAAAAGUUGCUGCGCGAUGCGUCUUAAAGGACGAAGAUGGCCCGGUCGAUGCCGAUACCGCCCAUGAACGGGGCGAGGCAUGGCAGGAGCACCGUCCAACGCCUCCAAUCAGUGUCCCAUAUGCCGAUGAUAAGCAACGCCAGGACUACGCAGAUGAUUCGUCUUAUGGUCACCUCUCGCCGCUCGAAGAGUUCAAUCGAAAAAGGCGGCCGUCUAUUUCCUUCAACCCGGAAGUGACUCUUGACUGUGGAGCGCAUCUUGCUCUCGAUGAGCCACUGAGGAAGCUGCGUGUUGAAGAACAGGCCGUUACGAAAUCUCCCUGUAGCGAAACCAGCGGCGAAUCCGAUGAAGAGCAAUGUAACAGUCCACAGCAUUAUGAAAAUGCCUUGUUCUCUCGUCGCUUUGCGCAGCAACCCCUCUCCUCAUCCGACUCUGAUAGCUUUUCUUUGGAUGUGGAACUACCUCGAGCCGUCUCUUUGACAUCUCUCUCAACAGCAUCGCCUGCUACAGAUGAGUUGCGGACGCCUCCAGACGGCCGUCGUGAUCUUUAUCUUGCUAGUUUGAGAUCAUCGAAGCUAUACCGGCCACAUUCACUCGAAGCAACCGACGUUUGGUUUGAUCGACACGGUAUAGACACCAAGUCCCGGAGCUUUUCGGGUCGCCAUAGCUUUCGUCAUGGUUCCCGCAGGUCUACCAACUCUGGAGGCAAGUCUCCUGCUAGUGCAUUCCUGUCUUCAUUCGGCCGGGAUACAUCAGCCCCAAAACCCGAUGAUGAAGGUCAACUUGUUGGUACAGAUUACGUGCUUGGCAAAAUUAUUGCCCAUGGAGGCUUUAGUACUGUUAAGGAAGCUUUCAAAGUGAAAGAUGAUGGCAAGACAGAACGCCUGGCGGUGAAAAUUGUGAAAAAGCAACUUUCUGGUCAGUCAGAAAGGGAGAACGAGCAGUUCCAGGCAGAGUUUGAUCACGAAGUUCGAGUUUGGAGAUACCUGAACCACCCACAUAUUCUACCACUCCACGCCGUCUACGAAACAGAUUACGCCACUUUCUGCUUUACUCGUUUGACAAACGGCGGGACAUUGUUUGACUUGGUCAAGAGACAUCAUCGAGAAGGCUUACGGAUGGACCAAGCAAAACAUUACGCAUACCAGUUGGCGUCAGCUGUCCGAUUUUUGCAUGAAGAUUCCCGUGUGAUCCAUCGAGAUGUUAAACUGGAAAACUGCCUGUUACAAUUCAAAGACCCUAAUGAUAAAGAGGCACUCGGAAAAUUAUACCUGUGUGACUUCGGGAUGUCGGAAUGGAUGGUGACAGACAAUGGCGUCAAUGCGCCGGCCCCCUACGAUGAUGCCGCUGAUCGGCCGCCACCAAAGACUAUUGGUCCCUCCAAUAUGAGUUCCAGCGUUGCAGGUGGCGUUGCUGGUAGUCUCGAAUACGCCGCUCCCGAAUUGCUUAUGUCCAAAGAGGGUGUCCUUGAACCUUCAGUGGACAUCUGGGCUCUUGGUGUCAUUAUUUUUGCUUUGGUGGCUGGAAAGCGGCCUUUUGACCAUUCUUUUCAACCCAAGGUGCCAACGAACAUUGCGAAUGGCCGAUGGAAUCGGAAUGCUGUUUUCAAGGGCGAUGACGAUCUUGAGCAGCGACACGACGCACUCGUUCUGAUCCAGGGCUGCCUCGAAUUGGAUCCUUUGAAACGAUGGACGAUCGCAGACGUUCUGGAGUGUCGUUGGUUUGAAGAUUGUGCCACGAAAAUCGAAGAGCAUAUCCACCCGAAGUGGAACUAUUAA